GGGGUCCACACAACCGGGGCACGAACGACACGAAGAGCCAGCUUACCUCCAUGCAUCGGCAAUCAGGACAAGUUAGCUUUCGAGUUAUUUUUUAAUAACUUCAGCUGCUUGAGGUGUAAAUUAAAUGUGAUACCUAAGCAUAUAAAGAUCUAAAUUCAACUUAUUACCAGCUUAAAUUAUGACGAAAACGAAACGAACCUAGCUCUUAGAACGAACCUAGCCCAAAUAUAAACUACCGCAACCGAAAGCUCUCUUACAUUUCUACAAGUGAUCACCCUUCUGUAAAAUGGCUUCCAUUCAGGAAGAACCCAUCGGGACCACCAUAACAUCACCAUCGAAGCGAAGCAUCGCCAAUAUCAGCACGGACUCGUCCAGUAUCCAGGGUCAGGCGGCAGCAGCGCCGACGGGCGCUCGGCGCUCGUUCGGGCCUCAUCACGGACCACUCACACCCGACAUCAGAGGGGGCGGUGACGGCGGCGGGGCAGACGUCAAACCGGGGCCGUCCUUCUCUGGGCGGGAGUCGCUCGGCGGCCGGUCCCGCAGCCGCAGCCUGCGUCCCAGCCAGACAUCUCAGUCGCGAGCGCCCAGCAGCUCCCUGCUCGAUCCGUCCGGUGUGUCAUGGGGGUCAAACGCGAGCGGCGGCGGCCGCAGGGUCACCACACACCCCCGCGGGCAGCCAUCAUCUGACCCUGCCGGGCCUCGACUUUGGCCAGCGGCGGGUGAGUCGGUACCGGCGGCACCGGCUCGCCGGCCGGCAGGGUCGCACCGCCUCCCGCGAACAGUACCAGAACGCGGUGGCCGUGACGCACGCGGUGGCGCACUGGCGGUGGCGCGCGCAGCCGCACCGUCACCUGACCACGGGCAGUGAGCCGGACCGCGACCUGCCCGAGAGCAUGCAGCCGGAACUGCCGGCGCACAGCCGCUGGCUCUGGAACGCCAAGAACGGCGACCUCUUCUGGCAGACGGACGACGAUAACCCGGUGGAGCUCUUCUACCAAACGUCGCUCGGAGAGGAGGCUAUCAAAAAGCAGAUCGGCCUCUUCGGGAAGAGGUACAAACAAUACCCGAACCCGGCAACCAUGGCUGUCCCCGAGCCAGGACGACACCUCUUCGCUCGCGCCGUCUCCAAGGUAGUGGAUCGCGACGGUCACACGAUCGAGGGUAAGGUCGAGAUUGAUGAUGUCAAGGCCGUGGCCGAGGCGGCCGUGGGUCAGUUCUUUCCGACAGCGUUCGGCCGACGCAGAUUCUCAGAGAUGCCGAACGUCAACCACUUCCUAUUGAGCAUCAUCGAGUACUUCCACCACUACUUCAAGGAGAGAAAGCUGAGCGAGAUGGCGCAGCAGCACAACUGUCUCGUGUACGACGAGGCCGGCGUGGCGGAGCGGCGCGUGCGCAUGAAGGACUGCCUGCUGGAGGCCUCCCGGUGUUACGCCAUCUUCAUCCUGGGCCGCGGCAUGCCGUUCCACCACACCAAUGAGGGUGCGUUCGGCACCAUCUCGGCCUCCUCGGUGGACCGCCAGUUCUGGGAGGCGCUCUACGCCUUCACCAUCCAGGUGGUGUGGAUCACCUUCGGCCGGCCCAACUGCACCGUCAUGCUGCGGGAGAUGGGCCGCAUCUUCCGCACCCUGUACCUGGACCCGGCGCGCCGCGAGGCCGAACGGUCCACCGGCAAGUACCAGAACGCGGCGCGCCGACGCGACGCGCUGCUCAGCCAGAUGCCCAACAAACUGAGCGCCAGGGACCACCCGAAGGGCAAGCACCGCUCCAAGGCCGACGAGCUGGCGUCGCACAACUACAUCGCCAUGUGCGUGGCGAUGGCCCGCGUGUACGGCGUCUACGACUGCCCGCCGAUGCCGCCCAAACCUAUCUACAGCCUGCUGAAGAACCGGUCGGCGUUCGUGGACGCCCUCCUAGCCGAGGAUCCCCACCGGCACCCCAACACGACCCACGUCGUGGAGCGAACCUCGAUCGGCAUUCUCGGUCACCCACGGAGCGAAUUUGACGACAACCUGGACCCGAUCGACCUGAAGCGCGAGGACAAAUUCCGACAGCUCAAGUUCCUCGGUCCGAUCACUGAACGUGCCGACAAGACUCGGAUCGCCUCUGUGACGCCGUACUUGUUGCUGCCCACCCUGCCGUCUGCCUCUGACCUCGAGAAGUACACCUAGAGGGAGGGUCAAACUAUACAGGGCACACAGACACAGGAAGCCGACCACCGCAACUCAGGACGGAGCCAACAAAAGCUAACAGCACCGAGAGUGGGAACGGAGCUGGGAUGACCAACACGGGUGAAGAACAGAGAUCAUCAGGGGAAGCAGAAUGACACCUUUGGAGAGAGCAGGAUAUACGGAAGGGCUGCAGAGGUGACAAUAAUCCAAUUCACCACUUCUUACGAGAUCGUGGGAUUGGUUAGCUACUGCAACAUCCUACCAACGGGGUACUUCCAGCGGUAUCGAUACAUUCACGUUUAAAAGCAGCAUGCUGGAAGAAAGGAUCAUGCGCCGAUAGGGCGAACAAACGAAAAAUAUCGAAGUAAAAUAAAGCACGUUAGCCGAAGGGAGAUCCGCGGCCGGCGACAGAUCCUCUAUUAGGCGGUUUGAUACGGAUAGCAAAUUACGAACGGCAAGUGUUGACGCUGUGGUCAGUUACUUAAAAAGUGUCCUGUAAGCUAGCCUGAAUGGAAGGCACUACAUACUUGCAAUUAGACGACGGAACACAAGCUGAACAAAUUAGGUAUGAUGGAAUUCAUCGGGAAGAUAAGCACACAAUGUAUUCUUCUUCGUUGACGAAAACCAUAGCACUCUUAAAUAAAUAGUUCAUCAGCAUACUCUAAACUAUCAGCUAUUAAAUGUGGUUUUUGUUUAAAUUCGUUAUAGAAAUUGGACAGGAACUUUGAAUGUCCCGACUCGACCCGAGUUAGCAAGAUCAAGAGGCAUCAUUGUUUGUUGUCUACUUUACCGUUCUAUAAGACCACUAAGUAUACAAGAUCACCAAUGUGGCAUUGGGCAGACUGUGCAACGUGGAACCUCCAAAUGAA